AUGGUUAUGUCCGCGUCGUUAUUAGCCGGUAAAACCCUCCUCAAACAGGAUGGCACUGUUGUUCGUGCUGAUGAAGUGUUGCUUAAAAAGGAUAUCGUUGCGCUGUAUUUUGCUGCUCAUUGGUGCCCCGAUUGCAUAGCCUUCACUCCCACUGUUAAGAAGUUCUAUGAGGAUGUAAAAGCCAAGAAUCCCGAUAAGUUGGAAAUCAUAUUCGUGUCUAGCGACAAGUCUGAGAACGAGCAGAUUGCUUAUCAUCGGAAUGACAUGCCUGAUUGGCUGAGGGUUCCUUUCAAUGACAAACGUACUCGUGCUACGUUAAAGAAAGAAUAUGGAGUGUGCGCUAAGAAGGAGAUGGAAGACAUUGGAAUUAGCGACUCUCAGCGAAAGGCUGGUAUCCCGACGCUUGUGGUCCUCAGUAAGAACCGUAGAACAGUGAAGGUGUUUGAUGCUGGCGCUGAUAUCGAGAAGUACGGCGAAGCAGCUGUUGAUCGUUGGUAA